AUGCUUUUCACUGGCAAAAGACUUGGGGCUUUCGCCCUCCUCGCGGGAUUUCUUCCCGCUGUUUACCCAGCUGUUCAACCCAACCUUCCGCGACAAACCGUUUCGAGAACUCCUGAAGUUCAAUUCGACCAAUACACUCUGUUGAUCCAUGGACAACGUAUCUUUCUGCAUGGCGCUGAAUUGCACACGUUUCGACUUCCAGUACCCUCUUUAUGGCCUGACAUUCUCGAGAAAUUCAAAGCGGCUGGACUCAACUUAGUCUCCGUAUACAUUCAUAUGGGCGUCGUCAAUCCUUCCCGGGGAGUCGUGGACUUCCAAGGCUACCGCGCUCUCCAGCCACUGUUCGAUGCAGCGAAGGCGGCUGGCCUUUGGCUCAUCCUGCGUCCCGGUCCCUACAUCAACGCAGAAUCAACUGCGGGCGGCAUAGCGCAUUGGACUACAACUGAAAUUGCUGGAAAUCUUCGGUCGGACGCGGCCGAUUGGCGCGAUGCAUGGGAAGACUAUAUCCAGGGAAUCAUUGCUCAAACAGCACCGAAUCAGAUUAACCAUGGAGGUCCUGUUAUCGGUGCGUUUGCUCUGAUGGAUCUUGAGAACCCCGAGUCGCGUGCUCGCUACUUUCAGCAGCUCAUCGACGUCUACCACGCUUCAUCCAUUGUGGUCCCUCUAACAUAUAAUGACCCUGGACCAGGGCGCAACUUUAUUAAUGGCACUGGAGCCGUGGAUCUUUACGGAAUGGACUCGUACUUUGUGGGGGCCGACUGCUCUGACCCUAACAAGUGGCCUCAAGUUCCAGACUAUUACCACCGCUACCAUCAAGAAGUCAACCCAUCCCAACCAUGGUUUUUCCCAGAAUUCCAGGCAGGAAGCUUCGAUGGAUGGGGUCCCAAUUCGCCAGGUUACGAGCUGUGCAACCAGCUUACUGGUCCAACUCUACAAUCCGUAUUCAACAAGAACGCGUGGGCAAGUAAUGCAAAACUGAUCUCUUACUAUAUGGGCUAUGGAGGAACAUCCUGGGGGGCUCUACCUUUCCCUGGAUCUUAUACCAGCUACGACUAUGGCUCGUUUAUCAACGAGUCUCGAGCUCUCACGUCCAAAUUCGACGAGUUGAAGCUACAAGGAAUGUUCAUUCGGAGCUCACCUGACUUCUACAAAACCGACUGGAUUUCUGACGGUUCAACCGGAUUCGUCACGUCCAAUUCAGCCGUUUUUGGCACUUUCCUGCAAAAUCCAGACAACAAGGCCUCCUUCUAUAUCCUUCGUCAGAAAGACUCGACGUCGACCGCGAUUACGACUUUGAAACUCAACAUUACCACGCCGAUUUCAACCAACCUUCAGGUACCUCUUGUCGUGUCUGAUGUAACGCUCGGUGGUCGCGAAUCGAAAGUCGUCAUUAGCGGUACCUCAUUCGGUGCAUCCAGGAUCGACUACACUACCGCUGAGAUCUUCUUUGGCGGCAAGAUUGGCGACCGCGAUGUUCUUUUCCUGUACGGCGGCUCGACCCAGGCACACGAAAUACGCCUGAAGUUGACCGGGUCAGCCAGCACAGACCACCUGACGAAAUCGUCUCAGAUCACAUCCACCCAAAGUGAGGGUGAUACCACCAUCUUCGCCUUCCAGACAGGGGUCACCGGGCUUCAUACGGUUUACGACUCGAGUACACAACUCAUUCUCUAUGCCGACCGUCAGACUGCGAUAACAUUUUGGGCUCCCGUAAUUCCGGGAAGCGGUGAUUUGGCCAACUUCUGGUCCUUCGGAAGCAACAGCACGCUUCUCGUUGGCGGACCCUACCUCGUCCGACAUGCUAGCAUCUCAGGAUCAACGCUUGCGCUGACGGGAGACUUGAAUGUCACUGCACCGUUUACCGUUAUCGCGCCAACAAACGUGAAAUCGGUGACCUGGAAUGGCGCAAACGUCGAGCUCACUUCUGGCAUCAGCUCUACCGCUGGCGGCUUCACCGGGAGGCUUACACCGCGCGAUGCCAUCAAGCAAGUUGCCGUUCCGGCGCUGACGGGCUGGAAAUACAAAGACUCCUUGCCCGAGAUUGCUCAGGACUUCGAUGAUUCGAGCUGGACCUUGGCAAACCGCACGACGACCAACGUACCUCGCAAGCCUUAUUACGGAGAUGGCCGUGUUCUCUACAACUGCGACUACGGAUACUGCGAGAAUACUGUGCUUUGGCGUGGACACUUCGAAGGUGCAGGUCAGACUAAGAUGAAUCUCUCAAUCAAUGGUGGCGAAGGAUAUGCUGCCAGUGUGUGGCUGAACGAUGCUUUCCUUGGGACUUCAUAUGGAAACUCGAGUAACCAUCGCAACGCCAUCCCAGAAGCCGAAUUCCAUGUCACGUUCCCUGAAGGAGCUGUUCGUUCUGGCGACAAUGUCAUCACUAUCGUUCAAGACAAUAUGGGUCACGAUCAGGCUAGCAGUGAUUUCGACAACUUCAAGGUUGCUCGAGGAGUGAGGGGCUUCCAGCUAGAUACUGGCUCCUUUGGCGACUGGAAGGUGCAAGGAAAGCUCGGCGGGUAUACAGGUUUCCUGGACAAGCAGAGAGGCGUUAUGAAUGAGGGCGGUCUUUUUGGCGAGAGGAAAGGCUGGCAUCUCCCCGGUUUCGAUACGUCGUCGUGGGAGUCGCGCGAUCUUAGCGAUGGGCUGCCGAACGGGUCCCCCGGUGUCGGCUUCUUCGUGACCAAGUUUACCCUCGACAUCCCCAACGGCAUUGAUGCGUUCAUCUCCUUCACUUUCAAGGAAGCGGAAGGCCAGACGUAUCGUGCGCUGUUGUUUGUGAACGGAUGGCACAUGGGUAAACGGGUUGGGAAUCUCGGGCAAUUCAAAUUCCCUGUCCAUCAGGGCAUCCUCGACUACCACGGAGAAAAUAACAUUGCUGUCGCGUUGUGGUCUAUGGACCGAAACGCUGUCUCUCCGAAAUUGCAGCUCGAGGUGGACACCAUUCUGGAUGGCGGAGUGCCGGGAAUCGUCACCGCGAACCCUGCGUGGUCGGCGCGGGGCAGAGCGCACUGUCCUACUAAUGUUUCGAUCAACUGUCCGCGCGGGUAG